CUCAGCGUUCUGCCUGGCUGUAGCUGCGAAAUGUAUAUGUUCUUAGCUAGUUUUUCAUAGUACAGUAAUGCUUAUUACUUAGUGAUUAUCGGAAGCAUGGAUGAGCAAUAGAUCUAUGUGGACGAGCGCCAUAGCUCCGCCCCGUAUUAACCAUAACAAGGGACGCUCUCUUUUCAUUGGCUGUUUGUAUCAUGAUGGUUAGCUAGCUUUGAGCUAGCAAUGCUAUUCGUGGACCAAACACGCUACUUUCGUGAGCACUAGGAUUAAAACUCAAAAUAGGAUUGGCUAAAUUGCUAACGGUUGACUGCUGUAAUCCUCACAGCAAGUGUUGAUGUGAAACACGGAAGUAUUCAAGUACAAAUGUGAUGUUUUAUUACCUUUUAACGGUAGCUAGCAACAAUGGAUGCUAAUUUCUUCAAUUUGGCCGUCGCUUGCUAACUAGAAAAUAUUUGCUAGCAAGAGUGGCAAGCAACGUGGAGUAAAAAGCAAUGUUGACAAAUGAACUUGCCAACGCUAGGCGUCAAGAGGAAGCAUAGACUUACUAGCCAGCUAAAUGGGGUUCUCUUACUGGGCCCUUACGUCGGAUACUGAUUUCACAGGUAUUGUGUUUAUUGCCGUUUUCUUAUGGCAGUAAGUAGCCUAUACUUUUCAGAUGGCCAACGCGUAGCUACCAUGUUAGGGAGUGUGUCACUGUGAUAGAGUUAUGAAUCUCACUAGAGUUUGGCAAUGACAAGCAAGUGUGAAAUCGUUUUCAAAUAGACACCUGUAUUAGUUAUGUGAACGGUGGCUAUUGUUGCCUUUCUAUACGAUAGUCCACUAUCAGCGAUCGCACAGAUGGAGUAUUUGGUGGCGACAGCUUGUCAAGGAAUACUAUCAGAAAACAUCAGCAGGCGAGCUUGACCUCAUUGCUAAAGUUUAAGCGCUGGACGUAACCUGAAUACGAAAUGUAAAGAGGGUGAUCAUGUUACCUUGAGUAACGUUAAAGCUCAGUGCUGUUUCCUGGAAAUGUGUUUAUUUAUUCUAUGAGGGCAUUUAAUUAAUAACGUUGUUUCCAACAGCAAUGUGAGCCAUUUUGGGAAAGACCCCUGAAUGCUGUGUCCUGUUUGAUAUGGCUCAGAUUUUAUGCACCUACCAGGAGACCCAGAAUGGGACCGCUCUGGAAAUAGAGGGGCAGGGAGGUUUGGACAAGGCAGGAGAUAAAACAGAGACAUCCCCUGUGAAUGAGAACCCAGAACCCUUUUCUUCUGAAGAUGAACAGAAGAGACUAAAUGCUUUGUCAGAUGAUGACUUUCUUUCAAAGGACAAGCUUGAUGCUUCUUGGUCCCAGAGUUGUCCCUUCACCAAGUCUCUGCAGAAGGCGGAGGCCCUGCUGAGGACUCGCUUCAACCCCAGCCUGAGGUGGCUACUGAGGCAGAAAAGUGAUGAUAUGUGGGAAUUUGAGAACCGGGAUACCUUUGUAGCGUGCCAGAACCUCACCUCUCAGUCAUCUAGCAGGCUGCAGCGGCUAGACCAGGGCAUGCUGGGUCUCAGUCCACAGUGCCAAGUGUUGCGGGGGCCACGGACAGGCCAGCUGCAGAGUUGCGUCAGGGGCCUCGCUACAGAGGGCAGUUUCUACCACCACCCUCCAGCCGCUACCCUCAGCCAGCACUAUGGGCAGCUGCAGUACCUACUGGAACAGCGGGCUCAGCUCCUUUUCCUCCAUGAGUAUGCCCGGCGCACCAGAGUCACCACUGUGUACGUUGACAAACUGACUAGCCUGCUGGAGCGGGAGCUAGGUUUGUUGAUGGACAGGAGUCGAGUCCUGGAGCGACCAAACUCUGCCUGGAGCUUUGGGAUGGGAGGCCUGUGCCAGGAACUACGUAUCCACGUGAGCCAUUGGGAUGCUCUAUGUGCCAAAGCCCAGUCUGACGUCUGGCUGAGAACUGUUCUGUUCCAGAGGACAGAGACCCUUGCUGUCAUGCAGCGGACACUGAGAGUGCUGGGACUGCAGGCCCUGGUUCUGAUGGAACGUUGUAUCUAUACAGCCCUCUCCGCUCUGGCCUCAGCUCAGCUGGCCAGGGUGCCUAGAGAUGCCUUAGAAGACCUGCUGGCUGGGGCAGAGGUCUUUAACCAGGUACUGGAGGAGCAGAGAGUCCAGCAUAGAGGCUCGCGGUGGAGAACUCAGACCCUGCAGCUGUCUGACUGGCCUGGGCUGUCCAGCAGGCAGCCCACCCGGAGGGGUAGCCUUCCUGCACCGUUCCCAGUGGUUGAACUUAUGAGGAUACUGGCAGAGCACAGGGGGCAGAUCGCGGCAGAGCAGCUGUACCAAUGGGCUUCCCAACAGAGCUUUCUCCACUCCCAGGCCCUGCACACUGGAGCCCCAGCCCCUACGUGGGAGAAAUUAGAACUGUUAUUCCCGCUGCUUUCCCCUCUACACCCCUCAGAGCCCAGUCCUGAUGGGCUCACACUGGAGAACCUCCCUGGGCCCUCUUCAGAUGAAUCCAGGUUGGGAAAACCCUGUUCCUGGUCCUCUGAUCUCCCCUUUAUAGCCUUCAUCCGUCAGGACCGAAAGUCUCUAGAGAUUCUCUUCCAGGCCCUGGUGUCCUCCACAGACCUGAUGGCUCCACACAUCCCCAACAGACCCAGGCCGGAGUGUACCAACACCCCAGAACAUUCUCCCAGGUGCUUUGAGGGAGAGUCUUCACCCACAGAUGAGGCCAGGCAGGAGAUAAAGAGACCCAAGUCAGUCCAGUCUGGGGCUUGUGUGGAGCUCUUUGGUCAUUACAGGACAAUGCUGUGGAGGGAGUUUGGCAAAGCCGUCAUUCAGCGUUUCCACCAGCCACCAAAGAGAGACCCUUUGGGCAGUGUUAACCAGUGGAACGACCAGAUGGUUUUCCAGCUUGUGUUGUGGCUCAACCAUGGCUGUAGAGGAGAGCUCAUCCCUGAAGAGUGUAGAGGAGUGGUUGAUGACUUCAUCUUACAGCUCCUGUCCAACACUGCUUUUAGGCACUGGGAUGAGGUGAUGUGUGCGUCACUGGGCUCAGGACUGAAAGAUAAAUGUCUUCCAGGAGUUGAGUGUGAGAACUGCAUGGUGAUGACAUGUACCAUGGAGAGACUCCUGCAGCUGUCCCCUCCACUCCUCACAGUGCUGCAGUGUCUUCAAUCUUCAGCCCACCUGGUCCAAGGUGACAGUAAUGCUCGGACUAUGAGGUCCCUUCACAUAGGAUCGCUGAGCAGAGUGGUGGCAUCCGUCCGAUCCUCUACCUUCUGGGUCAUGAGAAAGGCCUACCAGUUCCUUUCCUCCUGGUCCCUCAACAAGUUCCUGCUUGUCACCCUAGGAGACCUCAAGGUUCUGAGAGCAUCAGUGGUGAGGCUACUGCAGCAUGUGGAGGCCCUGAGUGUGAAUGAAAAUCAUCUCCUCAAGCUGCUGGCUGCACAGCUUACUCAGAGUGUCACAGAUCUACAGGUAUUCUCUGAACUGGUGCUCAGAAUCUUCUCCAAGGACUGUAAGAGGAUGUCUGAGGAGAUAUUUUUGCAGACCAUGCCCUCAGCAAAGCACUGGAGAGUGAACUAUAAAACGGAGUUCCCCAGCAGCCCUAGUGAUUACGCUACUACUGCAGCUCAGAGUGUAAUAGGACAGGUACUGGAGGGAGUGCAGCCCCUGCCUGAGGAGGCUCGGAUCCCCGCCCUGACAGAGGCCAUGACAGCCUUCAUGGAGGCCUGGAUGGAGCACAUCCUCAAGCAGAAGAUCAAGUUCAGUAUCCAGGGGGCUCUACAGCUGAAGCAAGACUUUGACUUGAUCCGGAACCUGAUACGCUCUGAGGAAUACAGCCUGUCAGAGGAGAUCCACCAGAGGCUGCUCUCCCUCCGGGUCUUCCACCAGGUGGACAACGCCAUCGUGUGCCUACUGCAGCAGCCCGUGGCCAAGCCCUACAUGCCUUCGCGGGGCUGGGAGCCCUUCAGACGCUGCUGUCCAAGUAGUGCCAAUAUGGUGGACCAAUCGUCUAGCAGUCUGAAUAAUUUUGAGAACAUGGACCUCCAGUCUGCAUGUCAACAGGCCCUGGCCCAGGCAGAGGGCUCUAUGAGCCCUGAGCUGCUGGCCUCCACCCCGCAGGACUCCUACCUGGCCGUGGCACAGCAAGAGUGGCUGGACCUGCGCAUACACAAUGGAAACCGCUGGAAGCUCCCUGGGCUGCAGUGCCUGACAAGGUCAGAGCCCUAACCCUCAGGUAUUCUAUGUAGAAGCUCAUUCCUCCUCCAGUCCAGACACUGGAAAUUAACAGCCUUUUGGCCUAAAGGCUGUCCUACAAGGCUGCUCAUCUGGAAGCCAUUUUGCUCUUUGAAUUAAUAAAUGUCUUAAUGCGCUAGGGCCAGACAGGGCCAGUUUACUAGAUUAUGAAGUUACUAGGAACAUUUGGAUGUUACAUUUCCUAGGACUUCAUCUGAACAAAUCAAAGCCAUGUCAAUAGACUAGUAUUGAAGUUAUUUAUGUUAUCAUUAACGACAAAAGGUACAAAGCAAUAACGUUACUGAAAAGUUUUUUUGUUUCUUUUCAAAACAACAUUUCAAAUAUUGUGUGUAUCCAUGGCAUGUGCAUAUAAUUUAACAUAUUUUUGUAAAUCUGUGCUAAUGAAGUAAUGGACAGUAAAGAUUUGUUUUUCA